CUUUAUGCUUUUAAGGAAAAAAACAUCACACAGCUGUCAAUAUUCACCAGAGCCUCAUUCAUUCCUUUGAGAAAGAGAGAGAGAGAGAGAUUAGAGAUUAAUAACGUAUUAAAGCGAAACCAAACCUUAAAAUCCUCCCAAAAUGUUUUUAUUCUGUUCUUCUCUACCUACUCCUCUGUCCUUUAUCCUCCAUACUUUUGCCCUCAACACCCACCCCCUCAGGCUCUGAGUCUGAACAUCAGCAGAGCCAGAGCCACCGAGUCGCUCUUCGCAAGCACCAGAGCCGCAAGCUUCUCCGGCCACCUGCCCUCCAGAUUGCGAAAGUACCCCCAGGAGGGGGCGCUGUCCUCCUUGACAGCCUCCUCAAACCAGGCCAAGGCGCUUCUGGCUAGCCUUUCCACAUCCAGUCUCUCAGCCGAGGCACUCCUCUUGUCAUCUACCUUAAGACAACACCGGUUUCUCAGAGAGCAGAACUUCAACUCCUCAAGCCUUCCCCUUCCCAUCUCCAACGGCCGCUCCCCGCCUUCUCCUACUUCACCUACUUCCUCUUCUUCACCCACAUCUCCCUCCGCUCUCAACUCACUGAGUCUGUCAUCAUUGGCCCUGAAACCCUCCGUCACCGGCAGCUUGGAGCGGAACAAGACUGAACCCAAGACAGCGACUCCAGACGAUAGCAAUUAAGGAUGAUAUGGCCGGAAAUUAUUCAUAUAUAGCUUAAGUAAAGGAACUUAAAUGUGGCUGAUCUACAAAAAAAGGUUUUUUUGGAGGCUUAGUUUUGUUUACCUUACUAUCCUUACCAAGACACCUUGUGAAGAACAGUGAUGGUGGCAAGGAGGCAGGUGACUUACUGCUUUCCAAAAUAGGUUAACUUUUCUUCAGUUUGUGUACAGAAUCAAACUGUAAACCAUACCUACUCUGAGUUUCUGCCAGUUCCCCAAACUAGAGAACCAACAGAUGGGCUUGGACACUCACCACCAGCCUGUUUCCAGCUCCACUGCACAGCCAGCAUCACACCACCCACGGGAGGCCUGGGGAAGGACUCUUUACCCGAACCCUCAUUCAUUUGCCAAAUCUUACAUGUUGGAGAUCUAGCUGAGUUCGGUAGAUGUCCAUCAAGUGUAAAAUCAAGACUGUAAGACUAUGUAAAACCAAGUAGAGUUGCAAUAAUCGGAAAGUGAGUACUGUAGUAGUCGGUGUUUGUUGAGACGUUUUAUUGCUCAUAUCUAUAUCAACUGAAGGAAUGUUUAAAAAAAAAAAAUAACAACAGCAAAACCUUAAUGUUGAGGCAGCAUCACUUGCUCUAAUGUAGAUUUUUGGCUAUCAGUCGUACUGCUAAAGGAAAAUAACUGAAAUUGGUGCUAAGAUUAACAUUUUGAUGAUUAUACAGUCCCUUAAAGGGAUAGCUCAUCUAAAAAUUAAUAUUCUGUCAUGAUCUACUCCUUCGUGUGUUGUUGCGAAUGCCUUGGUUUAUUGUCUAUGCAUUCAAAGUCAUUGGGGUCUAACAUUGCUUCAGACCCCACUGACUUUAAUUGUGUGGACAAAAGCACCUUCAAAAUAUCUUCUUUUGUGUUCUACAGAAAAAAGUGAUUCAUGCAGAAUUUUCAUUUUGCAAAGAACUAUCCCUUUGAUAUACAUACACUGCCUAAGAGUCUAUUUUUGUUCUCAUUUGCACUCAAAUAGGCCUUCAUACAGCCAUUGUACAUGUUUGCUGUAACUUAGCACAAGUUGUCAUGGCAACAGAGGAAUUGUGGGAAACGUGGAGGGCUUCCUGCUUUUCAUUAUUAGUUAUGGGAUGGUGUCGUUAGGCUUUUGUUUUCUUAAGUUCUUAACAUUCACAGUUUUUAUACAUAAGGAUAUAGGAAACUCCUCUGUUCUUGUCAUUAAAGAAGCACAAGAAGCUAGAGAAAGUACAAUAAUCUGACAAUCAUCAAAAAUUCGGCACAAGCUGUCUUAACCUUUGGGCCUCGCAGAUUGUGAAACCCAAUUCCAAUUUAAAAAGAACAAACAGAUGGUUAGGUUCACCAUGUAGGGGUUGCACAAGUAAGAAGAAGGUUAAUUCCACAGCACGUAUGCCAGUGGACGUGAUCCAUCGAGUGGAAGACAUCUGUGCGCUAGAGCAUUCCAACUCAUCCUUUCUCCUAAUGAGCCAGUCAAAUUCUCCGCUUAUAUUUCUAUCAAACCACACACACUUAGAUUCACUAUCAUUUUUAGAAAGUAAUUGUGUGCCAGUUUAUGAUUACCUAGAAUGGUGAUACAAAUAUGAAUAUUACAUGCGAUCUUUGGUUUCAUUGCUCUCCACAGUCAUAACACUAAAAUGCAAGAGCAUCCUUUUUUAGGUCACUGAGGCUCUGGUUCUGCCCAUUCCUUUUUUUUCCCAUUCCAGUCCUCAUGACAUUCAAAUGCACACACACACUUACAGCAAAAGA